CAAAUAUGGCAGCCUCCAUGUAAGUUGCGUUAAAUGAUAAACACUCUCCAACUUCGAUUUCAACUGCAACCAUAAACAAGAUCUAGUCGCUGGAUUUUGUUAUAUUUUUAGGAGUGAGAUAUAUUAUUAAAUAUUUAAUCACUGAUUUCAUUUUCCAAUCUUAACUUGAAUCACAAUGCCCCUGUCUGACUUUUUAUCAUCCCUACAAAACAAUCCAUAUUUUGGUGCUGGAUUUGGACUUGUUGGUGUUGGAGCUGGCCUUGCUGCUCUUAGAAAAGCUUCAAUGUUUGGAAUGAUACUCUUUCGCCGCCAUUGUAUGAUGACUCUUGAAGUGCCUUGUAGAGAUAAAAGUUACCAAUGGUUACUUCAGUGGAUAACUUUAAAUGCCAAAAAUACACAGCAUCUUAGUGUUGAAACAACGUUUAAACAACAUGAUACUGGAAAAAUAUCUACUUCAUAUGAUUUUGUACCUAGUGUUGGAACUCACUUUUUUUAUUAUAACAAAACAUGGAUAAGAGUGGAAAGAAACAGAGAACAACAAACAUUAGACUUGCAUAUGGGAGUUCCUUGGGAGACAGUUACGUUAACAGCUUUAGGAAGAAAUAAAUCACUAUACUUUCAAAUGCUGGAUGAAGCUAGGAAAUUAGCUUUGAAACGAGAGGAGGGGAAAACAAUCAUGUAUACUGCAAUGGGUUCAGAAUGGAGGCAGUUUGGGCAUCCUCGCAAACGCAGGCCAAUCUCAUCUGUGAUUUUAGAUGAAGGAGUUGCAGAGCACAUUCUUAAUGACAUAAAAGAUUUCAUUAACACUCCGCAAUGGUACAGUGAAAGAGGUAUACCAUAUAGAAGAGGAUAUUUGUUACAUGGCCCUCCAGGAUGUGGAAAAAGUAGUUUUAUUACGGCCUUAGCUGGAGAACUAGAAUACAGCAUUUGUGUUCUAAAUCUUAGUGACAGAGGUUUAACGGAUGAUCGAUUGCAAUACUUGAUGAGUGUAGCUCCUCAGCAAAGCAUUAUUUUACUUGAAGAUAUCGAUGCUGCUUUUGUAAAGAGAGAAGAAUCCACAGCAGCUCAAAUAGCUUAUGAUGGCCUUAACAGAGUAACAUUUAGUGGUUUACUAAAUAUGUUGGAUGGAGUAGUUUCUGCUGAAGCUCGCAUUUUAUUUAUGACAACAAAUUAUGAAGAAAGGUUAGAUGCUGCCUUAGUACGUCCAGGACGAGUGGAUGUCAAACAGCUUAUAGAUUAUGCCACAGAUUAUCAGUUAAAAUUGAUGUAUAAAAGAUUUUAUCCUGAAGCUGCAGCCUCCAGUAAUGCAGCUGAUGAUUUUGCAAAAGCAGUCAGAACUGUAGUUCAGAAAGUGAGUAUGGCUGAAGUACAAGGAUUAUUCAUGUUUUAUAAAAAUGAUCCUGAAGGAAUCAUUGAAAACGUUGGGAAAAUCAAAUCUCUACAGAAUGAAAAAAAAAUUGUAAAUUUAUAAAUGAAAAUUAUAAAU